GAUAGAUUGAUAUAUAUGAAUUGAUAUAUAUAUAUAUAUAUAUAUUUCUGCUAGAUAUUUUAUGUAUAUAUACGCUAUAUAUUUAUACUCAUCAUUUCCCUGUGAUCUCAGUGUGUCUGUGCUAAGCUUUGAGUAUGCUUAUAUGAACCGUGUGAAAUUGCCAUCACUUCUACCGUGAUGGCUUUCAAUGGUAGCAGCGCUGUCACAGCGGCUGCCGUAGUUGCUGCUGUAGUUGCUGCUGUCACAACAACAACAUCAACAAUAACAACAACAACUACUACUACUACAACAACCACGAUUACUUCGGCUGCGAUUGCAACAACAACAACGCACCCCCUCCUGUUGUCGACGGUGCGUAAUAAUAGUUUGCUCAUGGACAAUUCCCGAGACACUCGGGUUCCGUUGAACGGAGAGGGAGUACCUGCAACAGGUAUUGUCCAAUCUGGAGAACCAACUUCUACUAUGUCAAAUUCUGACGCUGGUUAUGGACUCCGCCACCCCUGGUGGCCAGCGGUUAGCGUUGCAAUCUCUAUGACUGUGUUCCUCUGUAUAUCUUUUAUGCGACAUCACAGAAAGUUCCAACAGAAACGUCGAGCCCUCAUCGAAUACAUGGAGUACGAACUGUUAAGGAACGCUUCCUUCAGCGCAGGAAGCUUACCGUCACCAUCAACAAGGCCAGCAACGCCUCACGGGGAAGUGUCUCCGAGGGGUGUACCCACACACAUUCCAUCACAUCAUCACACGUCAUCAUCAUCAUCAACAUCAGCAGCCGGUCAUGGUGAUGGUGCAUCCCAUCAGCAUCACCAUCAUCAUCAUCAUCACCACAACCAACAACAGAAAGAUUCACAUCAGCACAACAACCAUCACACUAGUAGCCACCACCAUCAUCAUGCAUCCGAAAAUUUAGCUUCCGUUGCAAACUCUUCAGAAAGAAAGAGGUUCGGCAAUGUCAAACACAAUGGGCCAAGCCAGCAAGUAGCCCUUAACGGUUACCCAAGUAAAUUCAUUCAACGAUUCUUACAACCAAAUGUCUUUCCUGCCAGUGGAUUUGAGAGUACUUCGAAUUUCACAGAAUCCACAUGCUGCGAACUUUCAAAGGAUUUUUGUGAUCAUCCAUUGGACAGAAAAGGGUCUGUACAAACUGGGUUCCAAUCACGGAAAGGAAGUAGGAAAUAUCAGCAAACAAGAUCACGCAAUGACGACAAGUCAGGAGUAUACCUGGAUGGACUGGCAAAAUCACCAGAACACUGGACAACAUAACUGGCAGCAUCUAGUUAUAGUUCUUUGAAUUAUGAGCUCAAAUGCCACUGAUGUCAACUUUCCCUUUCAUCUUUUCUGGAUCUGUUCCUUAUGCAGUGUGGUUCUCCAUCUAAGUAACAUACUUGUCUAUCCUGUAUAGCUGUGUCCACAACCUGAACAAGUUAUAACAUAAAUUAAGUUCUUGGAUGCACAAGUGAAGUUGGUCUUAAUUGUGAACCUCUCUCUUUGUUUGAACUGGAAUUCUGAGCCUUCCAGUAGGUUAGGGCGUGUUCCACAGUUUGGACGUCCACAUUUUUAAAACCAUUGGUUUUGUGAUUGUUGUAUUUGUCAGUAUCUUUUCAGCAAUUUGGAUUUGAUGACUUUGUGUUUUAAGAAUGUAGUUCAUUUUAGGAUCCCUAAUAAGCAUUGGUAGAUUUUGUACAAUGGUGUUGUAAGCCUCAUUGUUUCUAGGGUUGUGUGUCGAUAUAUCAGGUGGUAUUUUAAAAUGAGGUGUGGUGAUUUGUUUUGUUUGCCUUAGUGUUUUAAUACCU